GGACGCUGUGGCCGUUGCUGGCGCGCGCGGGGAGCUGUGAGGGGUCGGUCACGGUCCCGCUCCUCAGCCAUGGGAGCCAAGAAGAAGUUGUUGCAGGUCCGGGAAGCCUUUCAGCUUGCCCAGAAGCCUCACCAGAACCACGCGAAGCUCGUGGUGGGUCUGAAGAGCACUUAUGCUCAGUUGGAUGAUAAAGAAGGCUUUAAUGAAAAAUUCAUUCACUUCCUCAAGUAUGCUAUGAUAAUCUACCGGCGGGAACCAGCAGUGGAACAAGUGAUCAAUUUUGCGUCUAGAUUUGUUACUUCAUUCUAUCAGAUGGAGAAAGAAGAUGGUAGUGAGGAGGGAGAAGAUAAUUUACUUCUGAAUUAUGUGUUUAAAUUUCUGCUUGAGUCUCACGAUGCGAACAGCCAUGCAGUUAGGUUUCGAACCUGUCAGCUCGUGAAUAAGAUUUUGGGAAAUAUGCCAGAGAAUGCGGAGAUUGAUGAUGACUUAUUUGAUAAAAUUAAUCAAGCUAUGCUGGUUAGACUUCAAGAUAAAUUUCCAAGUGUGAGAAUUCAAGCUGUCUUGGCCCUGUCAAGACUUCAAGAUCCUAAGGAUGAAAACUGCCCUGUUGUUAAUAUUUACUGCACAUUGCUUGAAAAUGAUUCAAACUCAGAUGUGAGACGUGCUGUGCUGUCAUGUAUCGCUCCGUCAGAAAGGACUUUGCCAAUAAUUGUAGGCCGCACUAUGGAUGUAAAGGAGGCUGUCAGAAAGCUGGCAUAUGAGGUUUUGGCAGAAAAAGUUCACAUGAGAGCUCUGACAAUAGCACAGAGAGUUAAAUUGUUGCAACAAGGACUUAAUGACAGAUCUGAUGCUGUUAAGGAGGUAAUGAAGAAGAAGCUGCUUCCAGCCUGGUUACAGUUCACUGAAGGGGAUGUUUUAGAAUUGCUUCAUAGACUGGAUGUAGAAAACUGCCCAGAAGUGGCCAUCCCAGUAUUAAAUGCUAUGUUUUCAUUAUCUCCACUUCAUGACAUUGUUCAGAACUGUAAAAACCUUGACAGCAGAAAGCUGAUUCCACUGGAGGAUUUAACAGCUGAGAAUGUGUUAUAUUGGAGAUGUCUUUGUGAAUAUCUAAAAUCAAAAGGUGAAGAAGGUGAAGUUAUACUAGAACAAGUGUUGCCAGAACCAGCUAUAUAUGCAGAUUAUCUACUGAGUUAUCUUCAAAAUAUGCCAGUUCUUAGAGAAGAACAAAAAGAAGACUUUAAUUGUUUUGAAAACCUGAUGACAAAAGAAUUUAUAGGCCAGCAACUGAUUCUAAUCAUAGGCUGCAUGGAUACCAUGGAAGAGGGAGGAAGAAAGCAUCUGCUAGUUAUUUUACAAAAGAUUCUCAUUUUACCUUCAACUUCAGCGGCACUUACACCUCUGCUUGUUGAAAGAUUGCUCAGUAUUGUUAAAGAUGAGGACAGAAGGAUUCAAAUUGUUGCAGAAAUUAUAUCAGAAGUUCGUGAACCAAUCGUUGCAGUUGACCAGCCUAUUGAUGCCGCUGAAAUAAGAAAGCGGGAGCUUAAGCUGGCUGAAAUAAAAGUGAAACUUUUUGAAGCAAAACAAGCUUUGGAAGAAUGCAUUACUCUUCAGGAUUUUCAUAGAGCAUCAGUAUUAAAAGAGAAAAUAACUGAGUUGGAACACACAAAAAAUGAUCUGAUGAAAGCAGCAGAGCAAACUGAAAUUAAAGAAAUGCGUGUGGAGAAGAAUGAUCCUGAAACACUGUUGAAGUGUCUGAUCAUGUGCUAUGAGGUUCUGAAGAUCAUGUCACUUUCUAAAGGCAUCAGUCCAACCAUUAAUGAAAUAAUUCAAUUUCUGAUACUUCCAGGUGUAACUAAUGUCCACCCAGCUGUGAGAAAUAUGGCAGUUCUGUGUUUGGGUUGCUGUACCCUUCAGAACAAAGAAUUUGCGCAACAACAGCUUCCAUUGCUUUUACAGGUUUUACAAAUAGAUAACAUAAAGAUAAAGCUCAGUGCUUUAAAGGCAGUCUUCGAUCAACUAAUGCUAUUUGGAAUUGAGCCUUUUAAAACCAGAAGAAGCAAUGACUCUCAAAGUGAAAGUGGACACAUUAGAACUGAAAAUGGUGAGAAUGAAAGUGAAACAAUAGAGGAGGAGGAGGAGACUGCCACAGUUCACAGCCUUCUGAAGCUUCUUUCUGGUUUCUUAGACAGUGAGUAUUCAGAACUUAGGACAGAAGCUGCAGAAGGCAUUGCCAAACUGAUGUUCUCUGGGAGGCUGAUCAGUGCUAAGCUCCUUUCUCGUCUUGUUUUGUUGUGGUAUAAUCCCGUGACUGAAGAGGAUACUCGGCUCCGACACUGUCUGGGAGUUUUCUUCCCUUUAUUUGCUUAUGCGAAUAGGUCUAACCAGGAGUGCUUUGAAGAAGCUUAUCUUCCGACCUUGCAAACACUGUUAAAUGCUCCUGCAACAUCACCUUUGGCUGAAGUAGAUACCAGUAAUGUUUCUGAACUGUUAGUGGACCUUACCAGACCAAGUGGACUGAAAUGUCAGUCCAAGAAGUCUCAGGACUAUCAGGAGUUAACAGUGCAUGAUACUUUAGCCAUGAAAAUUUGCAAUGAAAUCCUGGUGGACCCAACUGCACCAGAUGUCCGUAUUUAUGCAAAAGCUUUAAAUUCACUAGAACUCAGUAGUUCUUCUACAGAGAAUCUUCUGGUGUUGCUCAAUGAAAUUCGAGAGAAAGUGGAAGAUAAACCAUGUCAAAAAGCUAUUGAGAAGAUCCAAAUGAAAUUGACCAAGGAUCCUAAUGUGGGCAGAAACCACUCCGGAAGAACUGAGGAAACAGGUCUCUCUGAAAAGACACAGGAAAGAGACAUCACAUUGUCUGAAAAUACUGUUCACAAUGAAGAAGAAAAUAAUAAAGAUGCUCUUAAUACUCCAGUCAAUGAAUUUAAAGAAACUGCAAAAAUAAGAUCUACAAGAAACAAAACUGGCAAAGGACAGCGGAAAGCGGCAGAAGUGAGGUCUGUGAGCAGAAGAAAAACUGGUGCAAGUGUAAAACGUGGUCUUGAAAGUUGUGAUCAGAUUCCAGAACCAGUCCCAGUGUCAAGUUCAAGGCCUCAAAGACGAGCAAAAACUUUGGCACUGGAGAAAACCCGAAUGAAUCUUUCAAGACUGUUGGAUGAGGAAACAGAUGAGUAAAGACAAAAGGAGAAAGUGCCUUUGUCAACACUGCUCUGAAGUUCAAAAGGUGUAGGAAUGGUCAGGAGUUUCACAGGACAGCAGAUGAAGCUGUGAUCACACAGUCACUGGUGGCUGAGCAGGUUCACUCGAAAACACCGGGGCAGUCGUGUCCGUGUCACAGUGGGGUCAUUUCAGAGCAGCUGGAACAAACUCACUCAAUUCCUUGACGUGCACAUCUCAACUAUUGAUGCCAAAUGCAGCUUUCUAAGGAACUUGCAUUUUAAAUUGGUAAAUAUGCUAUAAAUGAUUUUUGGUAAGUCUCAGAAGUGACUUGGGGGAUACAAGUGAAAUUUAGUAUUUCUAAAGUGUAAUGCCCAAACUAUUAUGCUGUUUCCAAGCUUGCAAGAAACAGGAAGAGGGAUUGUGUUGCUUUUUAUCCUUUGCAGUUUUUGUUGGAAACUUGUCAAACUGCAAAAUGCCACAACACAAUACUUUUGUUGAAUUUUGAGGCAAAGCAGGAGCAAUAAAAACAUAUAAAAGCCUCUAGGCAUGUCUUCCUGAAUAAGACUUCAGUUUUACCUUCUUGCUGUUCUGCUGUGCCUUGCUAUAUCUACAGGUUCUGUCUCUGGCAUCUCUUGGGAAUGCUGGACUGAAAAGAUGAGGUUUCCUUAAAGUCACCUCCCAGUCUGUGGAUGCUUCAGCUGUGGAUGUGGCUUCACUGGUGUGUUUUAAUAGAAAACAUACUAUCUCACUGGAGGCUCCUGGGGCUGGUGUGGGGCUGGAGUUCCUGCCCUUUGGGAGAGGCCAAGGAAGCUGGGCUUGUUGAGCUUGUGAAUGUUGGGAGGAUCCUCAGUUACCUGCAAGGAGUCCAGUAAAAAGAUAAAAUUGAGCUCUUUGUUGCAUAUGAUGAGAGGAUAAAAAAGCAAUGGGUAUAAAUUGAAACUCAAACCAGAAGAGAAGAUGAAAAAGGCAGUGGAACAGGUUAAAAACUUCUGGAACAAAUUGCCUGUGCAGGUUCUGUCCUAGGAAUUUUUAAGACACAGGACUAGGUGUGAACUACUCCCAGCUGGCUGCCUUUGAGCAGGGUGUACAACUAUGGACCUUCCUGAUGUCCUUUUAUACUUUUGUGAUCCUUUCAGGCAGAAACCUGAGCAGCAACUGGCACUGAAUUUCCAGCCCCUCUGGGCACACUGCCUACCUCACUGUAAAGGGAAGCGGUUUCUGUGUAAUACAAAAUUAGAUGUGUUCUUUUAAAAUUACUUUACCUUUCCAGGAGGGGUGGCUGCAUUGCCCCAAUUGUAAUUGCAGGGUGAGACAAUCAGGUGUGUGCUGUCUCUCAAAGUUCACUAUUAUUGAUAAUGAAGGUUUCAGUGUAUGCAGCUGACUUCCUGAGAAAGUCACAUGGUAGCAAGAGUACAUCCAAAGGUGACAAGGAGGCAAGCCUGGAAUCAUCAUCCUUGCAGUGAAAAAAUCUUUGCUUGGUAUGCAUUACUCCUUCUACCUAAAAUAAUUCUGGUUUUUACUUUAAUUCUAUGUGUUGAAAGUACCUAACUUCUCAGCUGCUUAAUUAAGGAAUAAAAUUUUAAUCCUUAAAAUACUUUAAUUUAUUUAAAAACAGCCUCUUUGUUGCUCUGGACCAAUUACUGUGUCCUUCCUCUUUUUGCUGGCUAAACACAACAGUGUCAAACAUGAACUAGACCUAAACUUCACUGCCUAUUAAGUAAUGGUGAAAUAGCAGUGGUCACUCAUCAAAUUUUGGUUUGACUAGUUUGACACUAAUUUUUGUUUCUUAAAACAAAUUUUGUGAUUCCUGUUUGCUUGUGUAUUCAGCCUCUUCAGCCUAUGCACUAAAACAGCUUCUCUUGACAACCAGCCUUAGGCUGGUUCUCUCCAGGCUGAAGGACAGCAGCAGGGGCUAGUGAGCUUGGGUUAUGCCUGAAAACUCUCAAGUCAGCAGCCAACUACAACUCAAAGGAAUAAUAAUAAUUAAUAGUUGUUAACAAAAAGGCUUCUGCUUGGAGCUGAGGAAGACAUGUUCAAACCAGUGAGGUUCUGGUAUUUACUGUGUCUUUGAAUUCAGAAAAGUCCAUGUGGCAUGUCCUCCCAUGGGCACACAAACAAUUCCAGCUGCAUUUGCUCCAGUGCUUGUAAGACUCCUAUGUUCUCCCGCCUGACUCCUUACUGAUCCUUUUGCUUUGCUAGGGCUCCACAGAAGUCAACUUCAGUUCCUCUUCCCUGAGAAGUUUAAUUCUCCUUUUGUCUUUUUUGACCCACAGAAUCCACGGUGCCUGUAACAGUUAGGAUACAUAAAGACCUCCUAAACAGCUCAAAACAUGAUGUUUAUUAUUUUAAUCACAUUCUGCACUUUUAAUCAUGUCCAAUGCUUCAGUGACUCAAUACCUUCUUGGGAUCUUGUGACACCAGAAUUCAUAACAAUCUCUAUUUCAGUUACUGGGCUGCACCUGCAAACCAACAAACCUCUGUAAAGAGGAAGUGCAUCUUUAUUUUUGUAAGGUGAAUCCUUAAAACCUUUGUUUUAUAAAAUACAUUGUCUUCCAAGGAAAUUUCCUUCUGGAAAGUUCUUGUCAAGUAAAGGACAGACAACUCAUCAUGAAUUAAGAAACCUCUACUCUAGCUACUGAAUGUAUGACUCCAGAAAAGAGAAGUAUAUUAUAUGGUUUUAUUCUAACACUUUUGUUAUAGCUCUAUCAAUAAUAAAGUUUCGAUGAAUGAAGUACAUGAACCUUGCUAAGAUCAUUUAAGCAUGGAAUGUCUACAAUGUAGUCAGCUACAACCAUUUACUACUUCUUUGAGUAGAGAUAAAAUUUUGAUUUUACAUUGAAUUUCCAAAGUACAUGGAAAAAAAUGAAAUAGGAAGAACAUUUACAUCCAUUUUAAUUGGUGGCAGGCAUAAAUUCAUAAAAACAAAGGGGGAAGAAAGACCAUUUAGCAGAAACCUCAAAAAGUGCAGAUACAGAUUUGUUGAAUGACAAUCUUUCACGAGAUUCUCCAGCAGGCUUGGUCUUUCUUUUAGACAUUAGGGUCAUUAAACACUGUCACACAGAAGUCCUCAAUGUAAGUGAAGAUGAAAGCGUACUGCAGAAAAAAACUGGUGCUUCCAUACAAUUCAAUCCGUUGGUGAAGGAGAUCUCCUCAGAUAAUUUACCUUUGUACUGCUUUGCUUCGAGGUAGUCGGUCUCCACCUAUUACAGAUUGGUUUGAAUUAUUACCAUAAAUCUUUACAUGGUGACCUAUGCCACAAAUUACAUAAUAUAUUAACUUUCGUGCACAAAAA